GAAGCUAACAUUAAGUCUUGGGCGCGACACGAUAACGGAGGAUCGCGGAAAGAAAACAAUUCUGUCUCUGUUAUAGCGAUCGCCGUCCCUGAGCAAUCAAUAUGGCCUCCAGUCGCAGUUCGCUCGCUUGCUCGCUAACAGGGCACGCCAGCGUUUCUCUGUCUUUUUCCCCUUUACCAACUAUCACUCUAUCUCUUUCUCUCACUACAGAGUCUUCCGCAGGAAACUUCGGCGCUGUUGGUUACAGCGCCUUGCAUCGCUUCGUACCGGGAUCGUCGAUCCGAUUAGUUGAGCGGUACGACUCGGUAACCUCGAGGUUGACCAAGUUCAGCCAAGUUCGCCUGAAAUCACCGAGACGUAAGCAUGUGAUGGUGUUUCGUUUAACAGAGACAGUUCAGGAAAGAGAAGUUAGUAUUCCGGUAUCCUGAGAAGCAAGGGCAUCGCGUACUCGCGUAUUGGAGAGAUCGAGGUAUCCGCAUCGUCGAUAAGCGUCACCGAUAAGCGAGGAUCGAUUGGGAAAGCAGUGGUUAUAAAAGGCAUAAACGCUGGCGAACAAAUCGAGAAGGGUAUCCUGUAAUAUAUAAGAAAGCGAAUAUAGAAAGAAGGAAUACAGUAGGGGCAUUAAGUCGUAUGUAGUAGGUAAUGGAAAAAUUCGAGCGAAUCAUGCUCCGGUAGUUGCAUCGCUGUAUUCGGUAAAAAAAAAGCGUGAGGAUAUGAAGCACCUACUUGAAGAGGAAAGUGUGCACCAUAGUUCUUACAUGUUGUUCUGUCGUUCAACGUAGCAAUCGUGAGCAUGGCCGAUGUCGUGUCCGAAGUUUCGGAUGGGACAGUCGCGGCAGUUGAGGGUUGCCGCGUACCGCCAUCGUCAACAACAGAAGCUGGUGAUAAUGAGGAUAUAGCUCCUGAUGAAAAUCUCGAUGACAAAGUCAGCAUCCACGAGAUCCUCGAGGGUAUGACGAAUGAAUUCAACAAGGGCAUAAGUCCAACCAAGCAUACUGAUAAUAUUGACAAGACAGUGGUUGUUACAGAAGAGGUAAAGACGACGCCAUUGUCGCCACCUAAGAUUGUUAAUGAAGUAUCCAAAGAUGAAAAGGAGCAAAAUGACAUUAGCAAGGAAGCAGCUGUGAAUCCAGGGGAAGUAGUAGCUCAACCUGUGUUAGAUGAGAAUCACAAGGCACAGGAUGAUAGUUCUACAGGCAAGCAGGAAACUCUUAAGAAAGAUAAUGGUAUACCUAGGAUUGUCUUGACAUUUAGAACUAUUGAUGAAAAUACAGAUCAUGGCAAGAAGACUAAGAUAUCAAGCUGUUCUUCUAAUCUCACUUUGGUUCCUGAUGAAUUGGUCAAUUGUGAUCAGAUUGGCGGUGUUUCGGUAAAGAUAGAGAAUUCUGAUGAUAAUUUUGAUACUGUGGAGGAACCUUCAGCAGAAGAAGGCAAGGUAGAAGAGCAAAGAACGAAAGAAGCAGAGUCAAAAUGGGUGAAUGAGAAUAAGAUAGAAGAUACAAGAAAGGAAGAACUUAGUAAUGCACAGUCUUUUACUGAGGAGAAGGCUGAGACUACAAAGAGCAACAGUGUUGAGGAGCAUGCAGAAGGUACUGAACAGAGAGAAAUUGCUGCACCAGUUACCAGGAAAAGAAGAACUGGACGACCUAGAUUACGAGCACUUAGUGACUCAAUAGAGGAGCGGCCUUGUCCUAAGCGGUCGGCUAGAAGGCUAUGUAAGGAAUCUUUGAAAAGCACAGUGUUGGAAAGUGCUAUGGCACGUAAAGAGAAGUCGAAUUACACAGAGGUACAUAUGCAAUGUAAGAAACGGAAAUAUAACAAGCCAGGCCGUCCAAAAAAAUUGAUUCCUGGCAAAGAUCAGAUCAAGCCGGUACAAAUGAAGCUCUCUGAUAUCCGUCAUCAGGAAGCAGACACUAUACUGCUAUCUGACAGUGGUGUUAGCACAUCUGAGAAUAUGGUGGAUUCAUCGCGUAACUCCACUACUUCCUUGUCGGAAAAUAAUAGUAUAAACGACACUGGUAAUGAAGAUUCGCUGAUGUAUUCAUCUUCCGAAUUUGCCGAUAUGCCGAAAUUGUCUCCAAUGACGAGGAGCUCAGAUCUGCAGACCAAGUUGAGCAACUCAGUUGGUAGUCCUGGCAGCGAUGACAUACCGUUGGCGGAUAUCGAGAAGCCGUUUCUAAAACCUGCUACUGCUGGACGACCCAAAAGGGAAAGAGGGCGACCACGUGGAAGCACUCAAGCCGCACGGAAAAUAGCAAAAGCUGACAUAUAUGAAGAUGGUUCCCCAUCUAUUGCAGAAACGGGAAAACAUAAUGAUUAUCCUGAAGAAGGUGCAGUACCCGCAAAACGAACUCGUAGAAGUAUGGCACCGAGUCCGAGUCCUGCGGAAGGACAGGCAUCGAAGCCAGAAUCUACGGCAAUUAUGAGUGAAACGUAUGCACAGUCCAUGCUAUGUUUGUGCCAAGUGCGAUCUCAAUUGUAUGUAACAAUUACCGGUUCCGGGGCACCUCUCUAUUGUACGGCCAACGACUCGAUCGACAACAGGUUGGUGGGUUGUUGUAAUGAGGUAGACAGCAACGACGUGGCGAUGAGACGGCCUAGUACUCGCAUACCCUACAUCAUCCUCUGCCGUAUGCAUAAAGAGCGACUGCUGCGACACAACUGCUGUCCCACGUGCGGCAAGUUUUGCUCGCAGGGUAGGUUCGUACAAUGCAUCAAUGGGCACCAGUAUCAUCGCGAGUGUGAGAUCUACCCGAACAAGAAGGGCGUAUGUCCUCAUUGUGGCAGCGAGAGUGCUGCUUAUGAUGUGGUGGUUACGAUGAAUGGCAUGCGGAAGCCUGUCUUCAUCCCUACACGAAAGAAGUUCUCUAGGCUGCCUUCUGCAAAGAUGACAUUGCCUGGUAAAGGUGAUAACACAGUGCUGGCCGAACGUCCGCCUAGUCCGCUGAUCCAGCCUGAUAUCAUCAAUAUACCCAACCCUUCAAUCAACAGCGAGAGACCAGAACGUUACACCAUUAUGAGCCUCUACACGUCUGUGAAGAAUGGGGAUCUAGAAAAGCUGGUGAAUGUAUUAGCUUGUGGCUAUAAUGCGAAUCAUACAUUUCGGGAUUACGCUCAUCGGACUAGUCUACAUAUAGCAGCAGACAAAGGUCAUCUGUCGUGUGUGCAUGUUUUGGUGCAAGCCGGUGCUCAAGUAGAUGUAAUGGACAGAAAUCAAUUGACACCUCUGAUGCUUGCUGCUAAUAAGGGUAAAGCUGACGUCGUUAGAUACCUAGUUAGGAUAGGUGCCGACGUAACAUUGAAGGGCGAAGAUGGUAUGACUGCUUUACAUAUGGCAGCUAAGUCUGGCCAUUUAGAAGUCUGUAAAAUCAUCUUGACUGAGUGCAAAGUGCCAAGGACAUUAGUAGAUUCCGUAGACGAUGGUGGCUGGACUAGUCUCAUAUGGGCCUGCGAGUUUUGCCAUACGGAUGUUGCACGGUUCCUCCUGGAUAAGAAGUGUGACCCUCUUAUUCGAGAUGCUGAGCAGAACAUUGCGCUUCACUGGAGCGCUUUCAGUGGAAGUUCCGAAAUUACAGAGAUGCUUCUGAAUGAAGGAUGUGAUGUUAAUGCAGUCAAUGUUCACGGUGAUACUCCUUUACAUAUAGCGGCUAGACAAGACCAAUACGCAGUAAGUGUAUUGUUGCUAGCACGCGGUGCUAAAAUAGGAGAAGUGAAUGCUGCCGGCGAGACUGCAGUGAACUGUUGCGCCACGGAUGGUGAUACUAUGGCUGCCUUAAGAUUAAAUGCAAAAGUCAAUGCAAUUUCCGACCACAUGUGGGAAAAAACGAUUAAAAUACUAACGAAUGAUAUUUCACGCGGAAAAGAAACUAAUCCCAUACAGUGUGUUAACGGACAUGAUUCUGAGGACAAACCGACUGAUUUUCUUUAUGUGACGGAGAAUUGUUUCACAAGCAAUAUCAACGUUGAUCGUACGAUAACAUCAUUGCAGUCCUGUCGAUGUGAGGAUAAUUGUAGCUCUGAGAAAUGCUUGUGCGGAAAUAUAAGUUUACGAUGUUGGUACGACGAGGAGGGGAAACUCAUACCCGAGUUCAAUUAUGCAGAUCCACCGAUGUUGUUUGAAUGUAAUCCAGCUUGCGAUUGUAAUCGUAUCACUUGUAAUAAUCGAGUAAUUCAACAUGGUCUUACUCAAAGGUUUCAAUUAUUUCGCACAGAAGGCAAGGGCUGGGGUCUUCGAACUCUUCGGCUUAUACUCAAAGGCACUUAUGUUUGCGAAUAUGUCGGUGAGAUAAUCUCCGACUCCGAGGCUGAUCAUCGAGAGGAUGAUUCUUAUUUAUUUGAUUUAGACAACAGAAGCAUUUUAUUUCAUAUGGAUACACAGGAUGGAGAAACGUACUGUAUAGAUGCGAGGCGUUAUGGAAAUAUUGCUCGGUUCAUCAAUCAUUCAUGCGCGCCGAACCUCUUGCCGGUGCGAGUAUUCGUUGAGCAUCAGGACUUGCAUUUUCCCAGGAUAGCGUUUUUCGCUAAUCGAGACAUCGAGGCGGACGAAGAGCUCGGUUUUGAUUACGGCGAGAAGUUUUGGAUAAUAAAAUGCAAAUCCUUCACGUGUACCUGCGGGGCCGAAAACUGCCGUUACUCCGAGAAGACCAUACAGGUUACGCUGGAUAAUUAUCGGAAGAAGAUACAACAGGAAGAAAUGCUGGCAGCUCAAACCUCAUCGUAACCUUAAAUGCGAUUUAGCUUAAUUCUAUAGGGGCUCGCGAUUUCUUAAUCGUUGAUGGACGUUACACACGAUUUUUGCGAAUCACCUCGUCGAUCACGCGCGCUAGUUCUUUCCAUGUAUCGGUUUGCCGAGACCGAUUCUCGCGCGCGCGAUGCGCGAGAUCGUAAGAGUACAAAUGCAAUCGGUGGUGGGAUUAUUAAGUUCGAUUAGGUUCUUUCCCCGAUGUUUAUGCUUACACCGAGAGAUGUAUAUACCAUCCGACUUCGCAGCCGCCGAAGCUUCGAAGGUAUCGGUCGUACUAUUGUUUUCGCUGAGUGCCGGACGUUCGUUCAUAUUGAGACGGGGUUAAUGGUUGCUUCGUCAAUCGAGUUUGUUGCCACGUUGCUUGUUUUUUUGAAAAUCGAAGUUUUAACACCGUUAGUCGCGUAUAAAUUGAGUAAUCGCAACGAACUUAGGAAGAUGCAUCGAGGAAAAUAUUAAUCGAGUUGAAUUUUGAAGGUUUUUUUGUGACUUGUUCAAUGGAACCAUUUGUGCGUAAGUACUUUGUGCUUUCCUUGGCAGGCCGGUGGUUAAUGGCGAUUGGUAUUUCAAUAAUAAAUAUUCAAUAUGGCACACGGAAAGAUCAUGAUGAAUGCAAUAAAAAUAUUAUGUAAUAUAUAUGAAAUGUUCAAAAUAUAAGAAAAACAAAUUCAACUAAAGAUGCGAGAAUGAAUUUGUUUUUUUAUUACGGAACAUUUUAUAUGAACUUUGAAACAUUCUUAUUAUGUUCUUUCCGAAUUCUCUCUUUCGAAUUAAACUUCAAUACAUUGGGUACCAUAUUGGUAUUGAAUGUGAACCUUUAUUGGGUUCAAAUCCUACGACUGCUAUACGCAGUUAUAUACAGAGUCAGAUUACUUAAUACAUCGUUAAUCGCACGAGUUUCAUCGAUUAAGAUAUUUAGAAUUAUAUUUAGAUUUUUAAGGUUUCUGAUUAGACCAUGGUCAUCUCAAAUUUUUAAUGUACUUUGCAGGAAUCUUGAGCAUGUAUUUUCUCGCUGAUACCAUAAAUCAAAAUAACUGUGGCGACUACCUAAGAGUUUUAAGUAAGCAGAAUUGUUGCAAACCCGCAGAUCGAUGAUGACUCUUGAGAGAGCUUACGAAUCACCAAAAUAUGAAUGACGUGGUACUCACUGUAUUAAAGGAAUUUGAAUUAAUCA